AUGGCUUCUCCGUCUUCUUCCUCAAGCACUGACUCCAGUACCGGCAGUGUCACGGUCUCCCAAAAUGAAUUUAACCACUUUCACAACAUCGACCGCAUCCUCUUCACGCGUCUCCUGGCGUCUCUCGGUCGCGAACCCAACGAGGCCAUGCAGGUCAUGGCGUACCUCAUCUGGCUCGAGAACAUGACCAAGGAUUUCAGGCUCGUAUCCAACCUCCUCCAUGCUUCCGAUGCUUUACUCAACGACCUUGUAAACGAGGUCGUCUUCGCCCUCAUUUGCAUCGAGAGCAACCAGCUCCCUCGCGAUGCCAACGCCGUUAACGACCUGCGUUUAACCGAAGGCGUCACCCGGAGAAGCGUCACCGUCCGCUACUUGCUAGAAAACCGCGCGUGCAUAAUCGGUGCCAUCACCAAAAUAAUCAACGACGUCUGCAUCAGAGCCUUCACGGACAUAGUGCAACGAGUGAAGGUGAGAAGGCUAUGA